AUGAUGAUGCAAAAUAACAGUAAUCCGAACGAUUCAAUAGCUAGUGUACUAGGCUAAGCAAUAAAAUCCCCAUCAGUUUUAACUUUUGGCGGAACUCUUAACAAUAAUAGCACUGUAAAUAAUACAAAUCAAUCAACAUCAAGGUAAAGUAGCUAUAUUCCUGAGCUGAUAAACCCACUUCAAGACCUGACUCUUAAUAAAUAAGGCUAGAUCCCUCAGUCUAAAGACUCAAAACUGCUCCCUAAAAUCAACCCUAAAGAUUUAAGCAACGAAGAACUUGAAUAUAUCAUCAGAACAGGCAAGUUACCUCCUAGAAUUAUGGGGAAUGAUGCUAACCAAUCUAUGGUUACAUAACAAUAGCAGCAAUAAAAUUAAUAUGCUUAAUUGCAAAAUCUUUAAAACUCAAUAAUUCAGCCUCUUCAAUCCUCAGUAAAUUAUCAGCAUUAGUAAAACCAACAAAACAUGCAAAAUCAAAUGGGUUUCAAUCAGAACAGCAGUAGUAAGUCUAUAAAUUUGGCAUCUUCAGAUAUGCUGAAAACUUAAAAUCAAUUAAAUUAGCUGAAUAACUAUCUGGUUGGGAAUUCUACUGUCAAUUAUGAUAAGGAAAACUUAGUGAUAACAGAUAGAAAUUCAUUUUAGUAAAAACAGGGAAGUAGCUAUGAUGAUAACGUAUCUCAUUUGAAAAACUACAAUUCACCUAGAAUUAUUAAUGAAAUUAAUCCAUUCACUUAGAGUUCUAGUUACCAUUAGGCUAAAUAAUAAAACCUAUUAACAGCAUAAGUUUAACCAAUAGCACUUUAAUAAAACUAGAAUUCAUUCAUUAACUUAGAUAACUCUACUUAUAGUAAAACCUUAGAACUUUCUUAAUAGUUUACGCUGCCUCCUUAAACCUAAUCAACUCCAGUAAAUAAUGCCCUGAAUCAAUCAACAAGCAAUGCAGCUACUUAAGCAAUGAAGGCCUUAUCUGAUAAGGUUAAAAGUCUUGAGAAUUAGAAUCAACUGCUCUAAGAUUAGCUCUAAAUAGUUGAAAAUCAAUCCAAAGAGUCAAACUUUAGACUUUAGUAAAAACUGAAAGAAGAAUGUGAUAAAUCACAGAAUAGAGAAAGCCAGUUAAGAGAGGAGGUACAGAUUAUGAAACGCCAAUUGGAAUCAACUGAAUAAGAAAAGCAGAGGCAUUUAGAGGAAAACUCUGCUGAAAGAGAACAAUGGAGGUAGCAAUACAAGAGGACAGAAGAAGAAAAUAUCAAUCUCAAGAAGCAAUUACAAGAACAUAUAGAUAAAUACUCUGGUAUUGAGGAGACUAUAAAAGAUAUUAAAAGAAGAGAGCAAUAAAUUAGAGAUAGGUAUGAAAGAGAAGUUGAUUCAGAAAAAGAAAGAGGAGCUUAAAUAUAGUAAGAUGUUGAGGAGGCCAAAGCAAGGUAUGAAUAGUUGAAAGGAAAGCUGAGAGAAAAGAAUAAACAGUUGGAGCAGGAAAAUAACUAACUCAGAGAAGAAAUAGAUCAAGUGAUUAGUGAUAAAGAUAGGUAGAUUUAAUUGCUUUAAAGAGAAGCUGAGAAAUGGAAAAGAGAAUGCCUAAUGCUUAAGGAGGAAAUGAGUAUUUUAGGUGAUAGAAGGAGCAGCGCUAGAGACUAGUAACCUAAAACCACUAAGAAGAAGCAGAGUGUUAGUAAAACUGGAUCAGAAGCAAUUAACACUGUUAGUUCUAUUCAUUAAAAUGGAAUCACUCCAAAGAGUAAUCAAGUCCUAAAGUCUAAUCAUAGGAAAUCCCCAUUUAAAAACUCGCUUGAUGAAAAAGCAUUAACAUAGACUCUUAAUAUAAAUCAAACCAUGGAAAAUCAGAAUUUCCAAACAGUAGAUAAUUAAGCUGCAGCUAGCUAGCCAUAAACCACAAAGAAAACCAAGAAGUCUUAGAGUAAGUUAUCUAAGUAAAACAAGGCUAGGAAUGGAUCAAAUGCUCCAUCAAUAAUAAAUAAUAACAAUCAGCAAGAAAACCCUAAUAAAUCCUCUCAUCACGGCGGCUCCUCAGUAUAAAGGAAUUAAGGAUCAGCUCUAAAGUAAAGACCAAGUUCAUAAGAUAGAAAGAGCUCGAGUGCUUCAAGAUAGCUUUCAGGGUCUAAGCUGAAAAAAUCAAGACUUGUGUCUACUAAGGAAAGAAAUCCAGGUAGAUCACCCUCAAUCAAGUCCAAUAAAGAGAGAACACUAAAUGGAGCACAGUCACACUCAAACCUUAUUUCUAUAAAUACCAAGAAAGGUAGAGCCGAGAAUGUGCUAGAGGAUAACAUUAACCUCUCAGUUGACAUCAAAUAACAACACAAUAGCCAAGAGUACAUAUUCGUUGAUAAUCAUACUCAAAGAUCUAAUUCCAAUUAAAGAUAGCCGUAUUUCGAGAAUAAUUUGGCAAGGAAUGCAAACUUGUUUAAAAGAUCAAGUAUAGAAAGUAAUGCCUCUCUACCUUAGUAUGGCCUGAGCUCAGUUAAUUCUGAAUACGGAGCCAUGAUCUAUUCACAUUAGUCUAGCGUUGAUCAUUAAUCGCUGAAGUGUCAGGACUUAACAAAUUCUAUUGGCAACAACAUUUAGUAGGUCAAUUAAAGAAAUAGUAAUCCUCUGAAUAUCAAUGAGUUCAACAGCAGCAGUAUGAAUACAUAUAAGAGCAAGGAGAGCAAGAAUGGAGAUAGAUUCAGUGUCGACAAUGAGAUCUUCUAUCUUGAAAGAGAGAUAUUUGACUUUAACCAGCAAUAUAAGACCUUGCUAAGCCAAUAGAGUCAGUCAAGUAUUAGCUUCAGUGCAAAUCUAUAGCCAGAAAGCAGUUAGAAUCUCAACAUAUAGCUAAGACAGAUAGCUCAAAUGCUGGAGGAGAAAAGUGAAAGGCUGUUUGAACUAAAGAAGCAGCAAUAGCAGAUGCUACUUUCAGAAACAUACAGAGAUAAGAAUCCAUUUCAGGACACAGGCAUCAAAACCUAUAUGUAUAAGCAGAAUAUUUGA